AUGUCGCAAACUCCCUCGGCAGCAUGCUGCAACACCCCGGCUGUUGUAAGCAAAGGCUAUCAAGAAAAGGGUAGUUUCAUCACCGUCGAUGGAAUGAAGACCUAUACAACCGGACCUUCUUCCGCAAGCCACGGUAUCCUGGUGAUUUACGACAUCUUCGGCUUCUUCCCGCAGACACUUCAGGGCGCCGACAUCCUCGCCCACUCGGACAAAGAUCAGCCAUACCAGAUUUUCAUGCCCGACUUUUUUGAAGGAAACCCUGCCGACAUCUCAUGGUAUCCACCCGAUACGGAGGAAAAGGGUAAGAAGUUGGGUGAAUUCUUCCAAACUGCGGCUGCACCACCCAAGACCGUUGCACGUGUCCAGAAAGUCAUGGAUGAAUUGAAGACUAAACACCCAGGUGUCAAGAAUUGGGGCGUGGUUGGAUAUUGCUGGGGUGGCAAGAUCGUCAACUUGGUGUCUCAAUCCGGGACACCUUUCAAGGCCGCUGCGACGUGCCAUCCCGCCAUGGUGGACCCGAACGACGCUUCAAAGAUUGCCAUUCCAAUGCUGAUGAUUCCAUCCAAAGGCGAGGAUCAGUCUGCAGUCGACCAGUAUGAAGCACACUUGAAAGUGCCCAAGCAGGUGGAAUGGUUCAAGGACCAGAUUCACGGAUUCAUGGCGGCAAGAAGCGACUUGGAAGAUGACCAGGUCAAGGCUGCCUACGAGAAGGGCUAUCAGACACUACUCAACUUUUUCCACAAGUAUUUGUAA